UCGCGCUGCUUCUCUCCAGUGGCAGUGGAUCUUGACGAGUGCGCGCGCGCGUCAGUAACGGACGCACGCGAGACAGCAGAGAAGCGGGCGAAUCGAAGAGCGGUGUUUUUUUUUCCUUCCUGUCGCCGCGCGCACAUCCAACUCACUUCGAGCAACGGACAGCGGUCGUCGGUCUGCACGGUAUCCCUCUGAAACAAUGAUCGGGAAGCUGCUCUUCGUGUUCGGUUUGCUCGUCAGCAGCAGUGAAGGUGUUCUCCAGGUCUCCAUCUCUCUGAAGAAGGUAGAGCUGAGCGUCGGGGAGUCAAAGUUUUUCACAUGUACAGUGAUUGGAGAACCCGUCAGCCUGGAGUGGUAUAACCCUCAAGGUGAGCGCAUGGUGCCUUCCCCUCGUGUUGCUCUGCACAAUGAGGGAGUGCGCUCCAGACUCACCCUCUACAACGCCAACAUAGAGGACGCAGGCAUCUACCGCUGCCAAGCCACUGACUCACAGGGACAGACAAGGGAGGCCACGGUGGUGCUGGAGAUUUACCAAAAAUUAACAUUCAGGGAGGUGCCUUCACCUCAGGAGUUCCGGCACGGCGAUGUGGCCGAGGUGGUGUGUGAUGUCACCAGCUCCCCUGUGCCUGUGGUUGCAUGGUACUACAACAAUAUGGAGAUCACAGAGGACACUGACAAGUUUCAACUCCUACCGAACAACAACCUACAAGUCCAGAGAGUGACUAAAGCAGAUGAGGGUGUGUACCGCUGCGAAGCCCGAGUGGAGGCCAGGGGUGAGAUUGACUUCAGAGAUAUCAUCCUGGUUGUCAACGUUCCUCCAGUGUUGUCUGUGCCACAGCAGUCCUUCAAUGCAACAGCUGACUAUGGUGAAUCUGUGACAUUCACCUGCCGGGCUUAUGGCUCUCCUGAACCUGAUGUUACUUGGCACAGGAAGGGGGUUGAACUCCAGGAGUCGGAGCAGUAUGUAAUGCGAGCCCGCGGUACCACACUCACUAUUCGCAACAUUAAGCAGGACGAUGGUGGUUCCUACACCUGUAAGGCCUCCAACAAAGCCGGUGAUGUGCAGCAGGAGAUUUUCCUCAAAGUAUUCGUUCAACCACACAUUACUAAGCUAAGGAAUGUAACAGCAGUGGAGGGCAGUGCUGCUAUGAUCUCCUGUAAAGCUGAGGGUGAACCCCUGCCUGAGAUCUCUUGGAAGAGAGCCAGCGAUGGACAGAGCUUCUCCUAUGGACAAAAGAGUCCAGAUGAUCGUGUGGAGGUGCGUGGGCAUCAUGGUGAGUCCAUGCUGACCAUCGUGGGAGUCAGUUUGUCUGAUUGGGGUCGUUUCGACUGCGAAGCUGUCAGCAGAAUUGGAGGGCACCAGAAGAGCAUGUUCCUGGAUAUCGAGUAUGCACCUAAGUUCCAGACCAAUCACACCAUCUUUUUCUCCUGGGAGGGGAACCCGGUAAACAUCAGCUGUGAGGUGAUGUCUAACCCUGUGGCCACUAUGCUGUGGCGGCGAGACAAGCUGACCAUACCUACUGAGGGCACGGCCAACAUGAGAGUACACAGCGCUCCUGGCAAAUCCUUGCUGGAGGUCACUCCCAUGUCAGACCGGGAUUUUGGCCGGUACAACUGCACAGCCAGAAACAACAUUGGCAUGCGGUUCCAGGAGUUCAUCUUGGCUCAGGCAGAUGUUCCAUCUAACCCAUACUCGGUACAUCUUAGCUCUGUGGCCCAGCGCACAGCUACAGUGACGUUUAUGAAGCCAGACUCUCAUGGUGGUGUUCCUAUUGGUCAUUAUCUGGUCCGAUACAAAGACAUCAGUUCAAGCGACUGGAGAGAUGUCAAGUCACAUGGAACACAAACAAUAGUGCUGCUCACAAACCUUGAGCCCAACACUACUUAUGAGGUCCAAGUGGCAGCUGUGAAUGGAAAAGGCCAAGGGGAGUUUAGUCGCACAGAGAGCUUUCAGACACUGCCCAUCCGAGAACCGAGUCCCCCAUCGGUGCAGGGACAGAGGGGCGUGGGAAAGGCCUACAGACUGGGCCUGGUUAAACAGGACGAUGGUGGCAUGCCCAUCCUGGAGUAUAUUAUCAAGUACAAAACAGAUAAAGAAGACCAGUGGAUGACAAAGGUGGUUCCUGGUAUAAGUGACUUUGUGCUGCUGCAACCUCUCCAGUGGAACAUGCGGUAUGAAGUGGAGAUCACUGCCCGUAAUGUCAAAGGGCUGUCUGAGCCCACUUUUGUGAAAUUCUCCAUGCCACAGAAACCGGAUAUUACAGCAGACUCCCUGUUCAGUAGCCUCGGUUUGGGUGCAGUAGUGGGAUUGGGCAUGGCAGGCUUGCUGCUGCUGCUCGUACUGGUAGACAUCAGCUGCUUCUUCCUGCGUCAGUGUGGCCUGCUAAUGUGCAUCACCCGCAGGCUGUGCAGCAAGAAGACCGCCACCAGUGGCAAGAGCAAAGAGAUGGAGGAAGGAAAGGCUGCUUAUCUGAAGCUGCCACUAAAAGAGGAGAAUGGCAAAGAGUCCCUUAAACCGGAUACAAUCGAGAUUAAAGUUCAUGGUGACAACAGCCUACACACGAUGCCGGACGACAGCAAAGCAUAAUGGAGCAGCUGCUGUGCACUUCGGGGACAUGCACAAGCUACCCAGACACCAAAACAGCAAAAACCCAGCAAGCUAAUGAGAAAACAAACAAGAACAUAGCUGAACAAGUCCCUUGCUAGAGACUGAUUGUCAGGGGGAUCCACAAAGAAACUGUGUACAUAUGAAAAAAAGGAAAGGCUACACAGCAGUUGUUUUGUGAUACAUCUUUCAGAGGAGACCUCUCUACAGAAAGGCUCUUGUUUAUCUGUGAUUGUUGUUCUUUCUUUUAAAGGCUGAAGCUUUGCGUGUGAAUCUCUGUUACCGGAAUCGGUUUGAUAUGUGUUCUUUUCCCUACGUUUUCUCUCAAUCCAAGCUCGAAACCAUCAAGAACUUCAAGUUUCCAGAGAGAUUUCAUAUGCACAAUCACACUAUUCAUCCACAAAGGAAUAGAUUGCAUCAUGUCACAGUCUGACCUCUGUGUGGGCUUAUGUGUGUGUUGUGGUAUUGGGUAAUUAUAGUGUAUUUCUGUUCUUGCCUUUUGGCCACCGUGCAGCAUCAACCUUGGGCAGUAGUGUUUAUUAGAAUGUUGCAGCUGUGACAUUAGAGAGACACAAACAAGAUUCCCUGUAUAGCAUUCCAUGGCUCUGUCCACACUUCCCCAUGUCCACACUCUUACACUGAAUUAAAUACUUUGUCAAUUUCCAUUUGGAUUGUUUUAAUUAAAAAAAAAAGACAGAAUUCCAAACUGCAAUCUCUGUGAAAUGGAUCCCAGCAUAGAAAAUAGAAAUAUCCUAUUUCUCUAUUGUUGACACACAGUUUUAAUUGUCUUUUUAUUUCAGAUUAUUGCCUGAAAAAUUGUGUGUGUGUGUGUGUGUGUGUGUGUGUGUGUGUGUGUGUGUGUGUGUGCGUGCGUGCGUGUGUGCACAUGAGCAGAACUGUAUGUGGAAUUGAGUGACCUUGUGGCAGUAUGUUGUGGUACACUAUGUGAAAAUUGUAUAAUAAAAGAGAAAGUAUAGAGGAUAAAUGUGAAAUGCAAACACUUUGUGUUAUCAAGUUUGAAAGAAAUACAUUUGCUGAACAUAUGAAGCUGAUGAAAAACGUGAUCUGCACAAGCAUUUAAGUGUAAAUACACAAUAUUACUUUUGCAGAUGAAGUGAACAAAGGCACCACUCAUGACAUGCAUUUGGGUAACAUCGACUUUUGAAUUAUUUUCCACAACACCUGCAUUGCUUGUUUGCAUUCCUCGUUAGUAUUUUCAUAAUUGGGGCUAAGUAUGACACUUUAUACUGUAUGACAGGUAUGGGUCUUUUCUUCAUUGCUGGCUAUGUGUGUAAUCUGUUCCUCAUCAUUUGCAACAAAUAAGCUUUACCAGACUCUGACUCAUGACUCAUUAGAAGGGUCAGUCUACAAAUAAACAAACAUGAAAGACAAAUAUAAAUGCAACAAAUAAUUUAUAGAAUCCCAGAAUGACAGUAUGUCCAUCAUUUGUUGUAUAAAACAUGAAACUGAAACUGAGAAGUAAUGAGGAAUGGGAAAAAUAUACUCAGUAAAGGGAUUCGUAGAUGCAGUGAGUAACUCUGCAUGAAAUCUCAAUGUCCAGCUGGUCACAGCAUUUUGCAACUACUCUGAUUCCCUCACUCAUUUUUAAGAGGAGAGGAGAAAACCAGUGGCCAGUUGCACCAAAAGUGCAGAAGCUGUUGAGCACGGUAUGUAUCAGAUCAUAUAUCUGAACAUAAAUGACAACAUUUAAGUGUUAAAAUAUUAAUAGUUGUCCUGAGAAACCUAUACAGUAGCUUAAAGUUAACAUAAAAUGUACAUCAACAUCCUAGUAUGCGCAAUGCUUGUCAUCAAUAAAACUUCUCAAUGAUUCUGUUCAGAGUCAACAAUGCAGCUAUGUGCAGAGUAAAGUGCAUGGAAAUCUAUAAAUCCAUUUUGUUUUCUUUUCACUAGCUCUAUACUGUAAGUCUCAGUCAUGGAUGUUGUGUUGGAUCAUGUUUAGGACUGUGUGGCACAGUAUAGAUCUCCAGAACCUUCUUUUAGUGGCUGUGGUGGAACCCAAAUUCUACACAGUGCUAGUUUUAAAUCAUAAAAAUUUGAUUUAUAGACAAUUUUACAAACCAACUUACUCUGAAACUUUCAUUUUCACUUGGUGCAACUGGCCCUGAAUUCCACUGGGUGAACUUUGGUUAAUAUCUCCACACUUAAAAUGCUUGGAAUGUGUAACCUGGUCACGAUCUACCAAUUAAAAUUCUCAUUAGGCCUUUUGAGAGCACCUGUUUGGCUGAAACUCUAUCAGACUGUGUCAUGUUUCAUUCAUCCAGAUGAUUUCUCCAAAGGCUACACAGCGUUCUGAGUUCCACCUGUUCUGCUUUUUAAGUAUUACAACCUCUUCACUGUCAACCCAAAUAAAAGUAACUGGAAUGUUUUUUUACAUUUUGCUUGUCUGCUAUUUGGUGAAGGGGGGUUGUGGGGUGGGGCGUUGUCCAUCCAUAAACCCAACCAUACUUGUGAAACUCUUGUAAUCCAGUGUAAUUUUCAGCUGUAAA